AUUCGGAAGAGAGAGAAAGUAAUCGCGAGAGAGGGAGGGAGAGAGAGAGAGAGGGAGAGAGAGAGGAGAACCACUUUUUCUGGGAAUAGGGUUGUUUGGUUCUUCGGAAUCAAUCCAUCGAUCUCUCCUCUCUCUUCCAUUUUCUUUCAAAUUCUUUUGAUUCUUCUUUCUCCAAUCGACCCCCGUGAAAGAAGAAAUGAAAGAAAGUGAAAGAAAAUAAAAGAAAUCGAAAGAAAGUGUUAGAAAUUUCAUCGAACCCAUCAAAAUUUUGAGAUUAGGAAUUGUUUUUGGCCACGAAUAAUGGAUUUAGAUAACAUUGAGUGCAUAUCGACUUCGGAUGGAAUGGAAGAUGAAGAGAUCUCGUCUCACCAUCCUCACAAUCAUCAUUCUCAUCAAUUCUCGUCGAAGCCUCACAACAAUGGAAUUGCUCCUGCUACAAGCGUCCACGAAUUGCUCGAAUGUCCGGUUUGCACCAAUUCUAUGUACCCACCAAUCCAUCAGUGUCAUAAUGGACAUACAUUGUGUUCUACCUGUAAAACAAGAGUGCACAAUCGAUGCCCGACUUGUAGGCAGGAGCUGGGCGAUAUAAGGUGCCUAGCACUUGAGAAAGUUGCAGAAUCACUUGAACUUCCAUGCAAGUAUUAUUCUUUGGGAUGCCCAGAGAUAUUUCCAUAUUACAGCAAGCUCAAGCAUGAGGCGGUGUGCAACUUCAGACCAUACAACUGUCCAUAUGCUGGUUCGGAGUGCUCUGCUGCUGGUGAUAUUCCUUUUCUAGUUACCCAUCUGAGAGAUGACCACAAGGUGGAUAUGCACACAGGAUGCACAUUCAAUCAUCGCUAUGUAAAAUCCAAUCCCCGUGAAGUAGAAAAUGCCACUUGGAUGCUAACAGUUUUCCAUUGUUUUGGCCAAUAUUUCUGUCUUCACUUUGAAGCAUUCCAGCUUGGCAUGGCUCCAGUGUACAUGGCAUUCCUCCGUUUUAUGGGUGAUGAGACUGAGGCCCGCAAUUACAGCUACAGUCUGGAAGUUGGGGCAAAUGGCAGGAAGCUCAUAUGGGAGGGCACCCCACGAAGCAUCCGGGAUAGCCACCGGAAGGUCAGGGACAGUCAUGAUGGGCUUAUCAUCCAGCGAAACAUGGCACUUUUCUUCUCCGGUGGAGACAGGAAGGAGCUGAAACUGAGAGUUACAGGGAGGAUAUGGAAGGAACAACAGAAUUCAGAUGCCGGAGUGUGCAUACCAAACCUUUGUAGCUGAGGCAGGUGAUAUAUAUGAGAGGCAUUUUCAUGAUUUGUGUGUUUGUCUCUGUGGUGUUGUACCCAUGAUCACAAACUUUUCUUCUGUGUUAUGUAUCGGAAAGCUUGAUAUGUGCACUGUUGCCAAAAGUUUUAGCUUUUAUAAAUUUGUUUAUGCCGGCCUCUCUUAUUUUGCUCCGGAUACUCUCCUUUCCGGCCACCAGGUGAGGUAUUGCACUCAAAAAGUCGGUGUAACUUAAUGAUCAAUGUGAUGAGAUUGUUCUUUUA